UGGGGUCACGGAGCUUUAGCUCGGGGCUCUUGUCGAUAAGGGAGCCGAGAUGAGGGGUCGUGAUAGACCGUGUGGGACACGGUAGAAAUUGCGGUUUAACAAGGCACAUUAGACAGUGUCGGGACUUACUUCUUACCCAACAUCCAUGCUCGGCAACUCUAGCCGAUUAGGUUCACUUUAGACUUGCACAUGUACAUUGCGCAUCGGGACAACUUUCUUUGUUCUUCAGGUACCUAACUUCAACAUUCCCCUUUUCUUGGAACCGUUGUUCACUGCCUAUUAGGUGGUUAAGCGUGCCUUACCAUGAGUUCAGAACAAGAGGUCCUCUCUGGACCACCAGCCCCGGAGCUUUUGGACGAUCGUAUCUGGGUUGACGGAUGUUGGGAUUUCUUCCACCAUGGCCAUGCCGGUGCGAUGCUGCAGGCCCGCCAACUCGGCACGGAGCUGUAUGUCGGUGUGCACUCUGACGAGGCCAUCUUAGAAAACAAAGGCCCGACAGUCAUGAAUCUGCGGGAACGACUCUCCGCCGUCGACGCUUGUCGCUGGGUUACCCGAUCUGUCGCAUAUGCGCCGUACGUCACGCAGCUAGACUUCAUAAGUCACUUCGGUUGCAAGUACGUGGUACAUGGAGACGAUAUCACCUCAGAUAGCAGCGGCGAGGAUUGUUACCGUUUCGUGAAAGCGGCCGGUCGCUUCAAGGUUGUGAAGCGUACGCCUAGUAUAUCGACGACCGAUCUUGUUGGUCGCAUGUUGCUGUGCACCAGGACGCACUUCAUCAAGUCGUUAGAAAAGGUGAUUGCGGGUGAAGAGGGCAGCGGUACCGAAGCCGAGAAGAAAGCGGAGGGAGAUGCUAUGCUAAAGCGUAUUCAUCAGUACGCGACCGACGAGAGCGGCAAAAAUCCAGGUGCGGGUGUGUUCUUCUGGUCCGCCUCCAAGGCCGCGAAGACCGAUGCUACGGAAGAGAAAGGCUCAUUCCGUCCAUUACUCAUAGGACAAGGUCCUAAACCUGGCCAGAGAGUUGUCUACGUCGACGGAGGGUUCGAUCUAUUUUCUAGCGGGCAUAUCGAAUUUCUUCGCCAAGUUGCCCUGACAGAGGAGAAACUGGCGAGGAAGGAGGGCUGGUAUGACCAACAGGCCGUCAACGAGCGCCGUGGCAAGGGUGCGGACUAUGGCCCGGUCUUUGUGAUUUCUGGGGUGCACGAUGACGAGGUUAUCAACUCCUGGAAAGGAGUUAACUAUCCCAUUAUGAAUAUCUACGAGCGCGGCCUCUGCGUGCUUCAGUGUCGUUAUGUCAAUGCCGUCAUAUUUGGUGCCCCAUUCUCGCCAACGAAAUCGUACCUCACGAGUUCUCCGUGGGGUACUCCUGAUGCCGUAUACCACGGUCCUACAUCGUUUAUGCCGCUUUCGUACGACCCAUACAUGGCGCCCAAGGAAUUGGGCAUCUUCCAGGAGAUCCCUAGUCAUGAGUUCCAGGAUGUUAAUGCCGGCACUAUCGUGCAACGUAUCAUGAAAAGCAGGGACCUCUACGAGGAGAGGCAGAGGAAGAAGGGUGUGAAAGCUGUUGGAGAGGCUGCGCAUAGACACCGAGAAAUACUAGAGGAGGAGCAACGCCGAAAAGAGGAGAAGAUAGCGGCUGAGGCGUGAGUAUACAUACAUCUACAUGGCAGAUUCUUAAUUGUUUUUUAUUCGACAUGGUGAUAGAGGGGAAACUAGCAAAAGUAAAGGGGCCUAUUGGCGUAUAGUGGUAGUGGUACCUAGUUAAGAGCCUGCGGCUUGAAUAGAAUUAUCAGACAACUUCCAUUUUUAACGUCAACUCUUCACAAUAACACAUGUCAAAUAUUGAGGCUCCAUCGGAGUCUCCGGCCUAAUAUACAUCAUACGA